GAUGCAUAUUAUGGUCUAGGGGUGUGACGUCAGAGCACAUGGGCACAGAUCGCGGCGGUAACAAGUUCUUCAUAGUAUGCCAAUUUCUUCAUCGAAAUCUUCCAACUCUGUACUGAUCAUGGAGACCUCAGAUGCCUCGAAGACAGCUCUACUUCUUGUUGAGAAGAAAGUCCGUAAUUUGGAGAAGAGAAAGAUGAAGCUUGAUGGCUACAAAAAGAUGAUGGACGGCGGACAAGAACURAAUGAAGAUCAGAAGAAAGCCAUUGCAAACUUGGCCUCAGUGGAAAUGAGUUUGGAGAUGACUAAGGAUUUGCAUAAGCAAUUUCAGCAGUUGCAUAUUGAGACACAAAAACAACUGAAAAAGCAAGCAAGGCGUGAGCAGGUUGCCUCGCAAGCAGCUCAACACAAUGCAGAUGUAGCAAAGGUGUGUCAAGUUCUUGAGCUGCAGUCGUUGAUGGACAAUCUAUCUGAGGAUGUGAGGGCAGACUUCCUGAAUGGAACAAAUGGGGCUGUGACAGUGAAGGAAGAAGAGUUCGCUCAUAUUGACGACUUCUACAAGCUCAUCACACCAGACUCUGAGUCUGACAUUAACAUGCAGAAACAGAUCAAAGAUGCCAGUGAACACAUUAUUAACUUGCUUAACAGUAGUCCCACUGAAGUAGCUGACACCACUUAUAAGGCACUUUUUGAGGUGGUUGAGCGUAUCAAACAAUGUGGUUACUUCAAUCCAAACAAAUCAACUCCUGGGGCUGGAAAUGAGGUUGAAGAAGAGGAAGAGGAUGAGGGAAGCAGUGGUUUGAGCACACCAAAUGGAGAACUGUCUGGAAGCGGUGAUGAUAUUUCAACAGAACAAGCACAAGUACCUCAAGAACCUUCACCAGAAACAAUUCAAGAACCCAUACAGCAAGCACCACCAAGUAUCCCAGAAGACAUUUCAUCAUUUACUGCCAAYGAACAUGGUCUUAACUUUUUGGGUGACUCUGAGGUUGAGAAGGGAACUGCYCCCAGUGAAAGUGUAGAAGCACCAAGUUCUUCAGACUGGUCGGAGCAGGUUGAGAAUGGUCACCAUGGCAAUGAACCAGAAGGAAAUGAAACAUCACAGCCACCUUCAAAUGGUUUYGUACAAAGAGGACGUGGUGGUGGUGGAAGAGGUGGUGGAUAUCGAGGAAACUACCGAGGUCGAGGCGGAGGAGGUGAUAGAGGGCAGAGGGGAGGACGACGCGGAGGUUUCGGUUCACAGAGAGGAGGAUACCAAGAUGACGGUUCAAGAAGAGGAGGCAACCGAGGUGGACGCGGAGGUUUCCCCAGGGGAGGUCCCCCACGGGGAGGUCGUCGUGGAGGUCCAGGACCCCAGUAAUCAUUGUUUAAAUUAUACGCUAUGCAAAUUAAGAGUUUUUGAGGAAGAUUUGGAUGAAGUCGUUGGCAUCAUGGAAACGAACUAGUUACAAAAAAAAAAAAAUUCAAUAUAUAGCAACAAUCAAAGUGGAGGACUGGCCAAAUUGUUCAAUAUAUGUUUGUUGCCAUUCAUAUCACAACCGACAGUCAAGCAUAAUGUCUGUCUGUCCAAGAAUUCGACUUACGCAACCUGCGCUGUUCAAGUGUACUGUAGGAGAUUCAGAUUUGAUGUAAAUUGCGUUGAAAGAUAUAAUAGAAGCAGGUUGUUGACAAAGUGUUUCUGAAUUUGUUUCUGUUUAUUACAAAGCAUGAAUAAAGGACUGUCUUAGGCA